GCGGCGGGGACGGCAGCGCCUGUCCCUCGCACCUUGCAACCCCUUCCGACCCCCCCUUUCCCCCUUCCCCCUUUUUUUUUUUCUUUUUUUUUUUUUAAACUCUCCUUUUCUUCAUGCAUUUGUUUCCUUCCCCCACCCUGCGCUGAAAUUUUCCCCCCUCUUUUCCCCCCACCCCCCCCCACCCCUCUUUCCCCCUUCCUCCUCCUCCUCCUCCCUUCCCUUCCUGCGCUUUGCUCCGGGAAACGCUGGAUUUUAAACCUCUCCCCGGCAAGCAGUGAGCUGGGAAGAAAGAGGUGGGGGUUAAAAGAUGGCCCAAGGCAAAAUGCAGCACCCCGUCUCUUGGGUGAUCUUCGCCGGGAUGGUCGCUCUGCUGCUCUCCCAAGGAGUGCCCGUGCGCAGCGGAGAUGCCACCUUCCCCAAAGCUAUGGACAACGUGACUGUGCGGCAAGGGGAGAGUGCCACGCUCAGGUGCUCCGUGGACAACCGAGUCACCCGAGUGGCCUGGCUGAACCGCAGCAGCAUCCUCUAUGCGGGCAAUGACAAGUGGUGCUUGGACCCCCGGGUGGUGCUCCUGGCCAACACCAAAACCCAGUACAGCAUCCAGAUCCAGGAUGUGGAUGUGUACGAUGAGGGCCCCUACACCUGCUCCGUGCAGACAGACAAUCACCCCAAGACAUCACGUGUCCACCUCAUCGUGCAAGUGUCUCCAAAAAUCACUGAGAUCUCUUCUGACAUCUCCAUCAACGAAGGUGGCAACGUCAGCCUCACCUGCAUAGCCACGGGCAGGCCAGAUCCAACAAUCACCUGGAGACACAUCUCACCCAAAGCUGUGGGCUUCAUCAGCGAGGACGAGUACCUGGAGAUCACAGGCAUCACGCGGGAGCAGUCGGGCGAGUACGAGUGCAGCGCAUCCAACGACGUGGCCGCUCCUGUGGUGCAGCGAGUCCGAGUCACUGUCAACUACCCACCCUUCAUCUCGGAUGCAAAGAGCACUGGGGUGCCAGUGGGGCAGAAGGGAAUCCUACUCUGUGAAGCUUCUGCUGUCCCCUCUGCUGACUUCCAGUGGUACAAAGAUGACAAGAGGCUGGCUGAAGGACAGAAAGGCCUGAAAGUGGAGAACAAAGCCUUCUUCUCCAGACUGACUUUCUUCAACGUCUCUGAGCAGGACUAUGGCAACUACACCUGCGUAGCCUCCAACCAGCUAGGAAACACCAACGCCAGCAUGAUCCUCUAUGAAGAGACAACAACUGCUCUGACACCCUGGAAAGGCCCGGGCGCAGUGCACGACGGCAACAACGGUGCGUGGCGGCGAGCUGGCUGCCUGUGGCUGCUGCUCCUGCCUCUCGUCCAGCUCGCCUGCCAGUUUUGACCCCAGAGCCAGCCCGCGGAGUAGUGGCGGUGACGUCCACGGCCAGCGAGCGCAAGCAGAAAGGAGAGGAAGAAGAUGAUGAAGAUGAAGAUGAUGAAGAAGAAGUGUUCACCGUUUCUGAAAAUAAUCAUAAGAAUUGAGAGAGUAUCCGGCCAGGCCACCCGGGGGAGGGGGAGAGAGGAUAAACCACUCCAAAAGCCGCAACGGGAAUUUGGAAAGGAGAGAAAAGGGGAAAAAACAAAAAGUAAUCCAAGGCUUCCUGCUGAAGAUGCACCACAGCUCAGUCUUUUCUUUCUGCCCUAUGGUCCUUUGGGGUUUGGGGUUUUUGGUUUUCUUUUUGGUCUCCAAGCCCUUUUUUUCCCCACCCCCACCCCAGCCCUUUUUCACCGUUCUCAGCACGGAGGACGGGUGAGGCUGUCAGGGCAUGGCGCUUCCCCCUCAUCCCUUCCCGUCCCCUUCGCCGCCCACCCUUGCUCACGGGGAGCUCUCUGGUUUUCUUCUUUGCCACGGUUUCCCUGGCUUCUCAUGGGCCGUGCCACCAUUUGUGUUCCAGAAUAGAUAUAUAUAUAUAUAUAUCUCCACACAUACAUAUAUAUAUAUAUAUGUGUAUAGAUAUAUAGAUCUUCAACAGCUACCAAUGGAAAGGGAGGGAGGAGACCGGCGUCGAGCCACCCGUCCAUCCAGCCACCCACGGACAUCGUGAAUGAUAAAGAGAUUCUGAGUCACGGUUAAUUUUAUUGAGUGUAUUUUCUGAUAUGAGCCUAGAACUCUUAGUUCCUUAAAAAAAAAACAAAAAUAAAAGGCAAAAACAAACGAACAAACAACAGAAAUGCAAAAAAAAAGAAAAAAGAAAAAAGAGGGGAGGAGAACAACAACAAACAACAGCAACAACAAAAACAAAGGAGAAAAUAAUGGUACUAAUAGUAAUGAAACCCAGGGGCAGCAAGCGGAGAGAAGUUGGUUCACCAAGGGCUGUACAACCACACACAGGCGACCGGCCGAGGAGGUGGAUGAGCCCAAUGAGUCAGCACAGAGGAGGAGAGGAGAAGGAGGAGGAGGAGGAGGAGGAGAAGAAGGAGGAGGAGAAGGAGGAGAAGGAGGAAGAGGAGGAGGAAUCCCAUGCUGAAUGCCCCCUGAAUCCAUCCCAAACAAGCGGCCGUGCCGAACACUUCCCGCCAGGGGCACGGCAACGCGAGGCGGAGGGAGCCGCCAACUCUUUUUUCUGGGCUAUAUAUAUACAUAGAGUAUAUAGAAAUAUACAUAUCUAUAUAUAUAUAAUUCUUUUGUUUGGUUAGGGUUCCAGCCACGGCUGCCAGCAGGGUCCUUCCGCUGCCAUUACUGCAUGCUGUAUAUGGAGUUAGGUGUCUGUCGCUCCUCAACCAGACCAACGUCCUGGCCCACGCGUCCCCCCCCAGAAGAAAAAAGCCCUUUCCUCUCCUUUCCGGAGCGGGGCCGUGGAGGAAGAGGAGUCUGGGCGUUUCUCUCCAUCAGCCCCUCCCUCCCCAGCCCCUUUUGCAGUGGAAUGCUGUGAGCUGGGGGCCAGAGGGGGAUCUAUAUAGCUCAGUUUUAUAUUUUUAUAUAUAUAUAUAUGUAUGUAUCUCUGUGUGUGUGUGCGUGUGUGUGUGUGUGUAUAUAUAUAUAUAUAUAUAUAUAAAAGAAAAACAGAAGGAGAAGAAGGAGAAGCACUUGGCACCAAACCAUGGAACCAGUCUCCUCGCUGUCUUCUUUCUGGUGAGGAUCUGUCCCAUGGUUGUUUUUUUCCCCCCCCUCCUUCGGUUUCCUUUCCUUUCCCCGUGGCCGAGGGCAGGGGCACGCUGGGAGCGCGGGCGGGCGGCGAGGGGCCUCUCUCUGCCUAUCCAUUAAAACGAUUGUUCCAUGUG